AUGUUUUUGCGGUGGUUAUUGUUGUUCUGUAUAUUAAUAUCGUUAUGCAUAGAUGCUUUUCCACCAAAGCGCGAUACGGUAGAUGAUUUACAGAAUUCUGACAAGCAGCGGCAGUGGGAACAGGAACAACGACAAAGGGAGAGGGUACAGAAAGAAGAGAUAGCGAAAUAUGUGAAAUAUAUGAGAUAUCUGGAAACCGUACUCAGUAUCUUGCAAGCAACACCGCAGUGGAAAGAAGCUAUGCAAAGUAUGACACAAGAAGAAAUGCGGGGUGGUAAAAUAGCUGAAAUGGUCGAUAAGCUAGAACCACAUAUUAUUGAACAGCUAGUAAAGGCUAAAAUAUUGGAAUUGCAACGUCUGGAACAAGAAAUAAAGGAUCAGCUAGAUGCAGAUGGUGGUGCUACUAAUAAUAUUAAAAUACCGGAGCAUUUGGAUUUCAACAAUUGGGAAACAUUCAGCCAGGAAGAUCUACGCAAACUUGUCAUCAAAGUAGUAGCUGAUAUGGAUGAACUGGAACAACAACGAAAACAAGACUUCAAACAGUAUGAAAUGAAAAAAAAAGCGGAAGAAGAUCAUAAAAUGGCACAAAUGAUUGAAACGGAGCGAGAGCAGUACAUAAAACAGAUGAAGGAGCAGCGGUGGCGGUACGAGCAUGAGCCAUUGAAGCAUCCAGGAAGUCGCAAUCAAUUAAGAAAGGUUUGGGAAGAUACCGAUAAGCUCGAUAAAGAUACAUAUGACCCAACAACACUCUUUGCUUUGCAUGAUAGAAAUAAUGAUGGUUACUGGAGCUAUGAUGAGUUGAAUACCAUCUUUUUACCAGAAAUCGAGAAACUUAAUAAUUUUUCUGACCUUGAAAGACUUGAGGAGUUGUAUCGGAUGCGUGACCAUGUAAUGAAACAGAUGGACACAGAUGGUGACCAUCGUAUUUCACUUGCUGAAUUUCUUGCGGAUAGAGAGGCACAAGAAGAAAAGCCUGAUCAAGGUUGGGAAGAUAUUGGCGACAAAGAACAAUAUACCAAAGAAGAAUUAGAAAUUUUUGAAAAAGAAUAUGCAAAGCAACAAGGAUGGGGUGAAUACGCCUAUUCGACACCCGCACCUACUCCUGAUCCUAGUCGAGUGAAUCAUCCUGACCAAGUACCAGCUCAGAGAUUUGGUGCACUUGCGGACCAACGUGGUAAUGUGGAUAUACAACGACCCCACCAAAUUCCAGUGCAACAACAUAUUAAGCCAAUUCAACCCGUGAACCAACAUCAGAUAGAUGAGCAGCCGAUGCAACAGCACAUCGUCAAAACUUAUGGUGUCUGA